AUGGAUCUUCUCAUGAAAAAGCUGGAAUCUCCACACCAGGAGGUUGACCAGACUGAGUCUCGAAUGACAUGUGAGAAAUGUGGUAAUACUGGACACUCGGGCAAAUCUUGCCCGUUCACUCAAGAGGAUGAGAAAUCCAUUGGGAAUGACACUCCCGAUGACACAGACUAUCGUCCUCAGCAAGGUUGGAAUUCUAAGCCCGACCUCCCCUUCGGCCAACAGCAAGAGCGGAAAAGGAGGUCGGUGGCCGACGAGCAAUUCGGCAAGUUCGUCGAGGUAAUCAAGAAGCUUUAUGGCAACAUACCACUUCUUAACACUAUGCAGGUUCCCACGUACGCCAAGUAUCUCAAGGAUAUCCUUGGCAACAAGAGGGUCCUGCCGACCACCAAGGUCGUGCAGCUUACAAGUGAGUGUAGCACAGCUAUACUCAACCCUCUCCUGGAGAAGAAGAAGAAACUAGGAUGCCCCACCAUCACAUGUUCCAUCGGAGCUCAACACUUUAUGCACGCUCUUUGCGAUCUGCGAGCAAGCAUCAGUGCCAUGCCAAAGCUAGCAGACCAAUGGGUUCGUCAUCUCACGGGGAUCGCCAAGGAUAUUCCGGUGAAAAUACGGAAUUUCUUUGUCCCCCUUGAUUUCGUCAUUCUCGAUAUGGAAGCCGACACCAAGAUCCCUCUCAUAUUGGGGAGGCCAUUCUUGAGUAUAACAACUGCACACAUUGAUGCGGGAGUUGGAGCAAUCCAACUCAACAUCAAUGAGCAGAAGGAGAGAUUCGGCUUUAGACCGAAGGAUGAGCAAUGCUCACAGAUCAAAUGUUUCAACCGGAAGGAAUCCGUGAAAGAGCUGGAGAAGCCAUAUACCCCAUCCAACUCUACCCUCAUCGAAUCCGUGGAGAAUCUUCGAACUCGGGAGGAGAUCAAGGUGUAUAACCAAUGGAACACGAAGCGGAACAUCCAACGUAAGAAAUUUCUAGAAUUUGGGAAGAAUGAGAUCGAAGAAACUCUGCCUAUGGCGGAAGAAAGUGUCGCCACCAACAUCUCCAUCAGGUGA